GAAGAACUUAGGGAAGAAAAAAAAAAGUGUGCUGAGUGAAGGCGCAGUGAUUUUGAGUGCGCAGAAAGCGCUUUGUAAAUGUCUCUGAAGUCGGGGUUGGACAAGGUGUCUGGCUUUCAGCUGAAAAGUUUUUGAAACUUUGAUUCCUGGAGGUUUUUGACUUUUAUUUCGGGAAAGUUUGGGAAGAUAUGCGCUUUUCCACACUGGUCAGUGGGUCCUGGCCGAGCGGAAAACUCACCCGUCGCCUUGUGUCUCUGCUCGCCAGGCUUGGACGGCGAGUUUAGGCCACUAUAAGUUGAAGUAGUCGCGAGACGUGCGCACGCGCGGAUGAGUUUAGACUCGUUGAGAUUGAUGCGUUUCGGAGCUCGUGCGCGCAGUUGACGCGUCUUUGAACUCUGAGGUGAUUUUUUUUCUCUCUUUUUUUUGGCGUCUUGAUUUGAAAAUAAUCAUGGACCCGAGCCAGCAUAACCCCCCCGCAGGACACCAGGUGGUCCAUGUCCGCGGAGACUCGGAGACGGACCUGGAGGCGCUCUUUAACGCCGUGAUGAACCCCAAAAGCGCCGCUGUGCCCCCGUCCGUGCCAAUGAGGAUGAGGAAGCUGCCAGACUCCUUCUUCAAACCCCCUGAGCCCAAAUCCCACUCCAGACAGGCGAGCACAGAUGCAGGCACGGCCGGCACACUCACUCCACAACAUGUCAGAGCACACUCCUCACCUGCCUCCUUGCAGCUGAGUGCCGUCCCUUCCGGCACGAUGAGCACCCUGGCUCCAGCAGGAACCCCCCCUCAGCACCUGCGCCAGCCCUCGUACGAGAUCCCCGAUGAUGUGCCCCUGCCUCCUGGCUGGGAGAUGGCCAAGACCCCGUCUGGCCAGAGAUACUUCCUUAACCAUAUUGACCAGUCAACCACCUGGCAGGACCCUCGCAAGGCCAUGCUCCAGAUGAACCAGACGAACUCAGCCAGCCCGGUCACCGUUCAGCAGCAAAACCUCCUGAGCCCAGCCUCAGGUCCUCUUCCUGAAGGCUGGGAGCAGGCCAUCACAGCAGAGGGCGAGAUCUACUACAUCAACCACAAGAAUAAAACAACGUCUUGGCUGGACCCACGGCUUGACCCACGUUAUGCUCUGAAUCAGCAGCGAAUUACCCAGAGUGCUCCAGUAAAGCAGGGCACCCAGCUCCCCUCAAGCCCCCAGAACCCGGCCGUCAUGGGAGGGAGCAACCAGAUGAGACUGCAGCAGCUGCAGCUGGAGAAAGAGAGACUGAGACUUAAACACCAGGAGCUGCUCCGCCCGAGACCACAGGAGCUGGCUUUGAGGAACCAACUACCCACCAGCAUGGAGCAGGACAGCGGCACUCAGAACCCGGUGUCGUCCCCUGGCAUGGGGCAGGACGGCCGCAGCGUGACCACCAACAGCUCUGACCCCUUCCUCAACAGCGGGACGUAUCACUCCAGAGAUGAGAGCACAGACAGUGGCCUGAGCAUGAGCAGUUACAGUGUCCCACGCACUCCAGACGACUUCCUGAACAGCGUAGAUGAGAUGGAGACAAGCGACUCCCUAGGCCCUGCGUCCUUGGCGACCCAGCCGAGCUGUUUCCCAAACUACCUGGACGAAAUCCCAGGCACUGAUGUGGACUUGGGCACCCUGGAGGGCGAGAGCAUGGCAGUGGAGGGUGAGGAGCUGAUGCCGAGCCUCCACGAGGCGCUGAGCUCCGACAUCCUGCACGACAUGGAGUCUGUCCUGGCUGCAACCAAGAUCGACAAAGAGAGCUUCCUGACCUGGCUAUAGAUGAGCUUUAACGUACACUCCACCUCCGCUGUCUUCACACCGAACUGCUGCCUAGGCCAAUCUGUGAAGGAUGUGUAGAUGCUUCGAGUUUUUUGUUGUUUUUUUUAAGAGACAUUUCACUCUCUUAGACUUUGAUUGCAUUUUUUUUCCACUCACAUUAAGCAUUAAUCACGGCUGGACUGGUUUCUUUGAGGAUUUUGCCCAUAACAUAUAAACCACACAUGGCCGAACUGGUUUUGGUUUAAAAAUCGGAUUUAAUUUCUUUUAUUCUUUUUCCCCUCCCAUCACCUUUUUUUUUCCCAUGUCUGCAUCCUCAAGGCUGGCCCAUGAACAGACAAUUCUCAGAAUCACCUCUCCUCUUAUCCACGUGUAUACGGCUUUGACAAAGUGUUGUUGAACCCUCAUCAGUCUCAUAUACGACCUCAUCGUCUGCCUCGCCCACAGCCUGAACUGCAGUUUCCCUCUUUCCUUCGUUCACUACAAGCCUGGCAAACCAAAAACAUCCACGAGGGCUGCUUGCAUAUGUGUGUGUGUGUGGAUCAUGAUGAGAUCUCAAUGAGCUUGAGCUCAAGUUCUUGAGGGUUGAACCUGUUGCUUUCGGAAGGCGGAUGACCCUGCUCGGCUGUGCCAGCAUAUCAAACUCUAAUCGAUACAAGUGCCUUCAGUUUGAUCUCUUAGUGCAGCGAUUAAAACACUACUUUUUAACACUAUAUAUAUUUUCAAACAAUUCUGACCGUGCUAUUUUCUAUUUACAGUUUUCAUUAAUCGAAAGUAUCUUUUAAAGUUUAUAUCAAAAUGCAUUUUUAUCAACUCUAGCCUCAGUCUUAUUUAAGACUGAUUUUUUUUUUUUUCCCAUGUAUGAUAGAUCAGAAUCUUUUCUCAUGGUUGCCUUCCAGCAUGCUGCCACUGUUUAUUAAUCAUCGCAGAAUAGAUGGAACUGAUUAUUGCUAUUACCUAGUGAUCAGCAGAAAGGAUCAGACUAGAUUCAGAGACCUGUUUUUGUAUGUUAAUACGUAGGUUUUCAAUCAUUAUUAAUGUAUUUUUGCAUAUUCAGUGACAGUAUCGUUCAAAAGCAAGGAGCAGAAUGUCAAAAAAACUUAGCAUGGAAGUGAUCGGAAGUGAUCGAAGCGAUGGAUUUGCGAUGUUUUACGAUGGAUAAAUAAGCACGUCUCAAGGGUUUGCGGUUGAGAGCGGCAGAUAGCUGGUGAUCUGUUUGGUAAUCAUGAUUAAGAACGAUAGCGUUGUAGAGUUUAAUGGAAACAAUCAGCAAAAACUUGUCACGAUUGUUGGGUUUUAUUUUGUUUGUUUGUUUGUUUUUUUGCUUUUGACGAGGCUUCCAAAGAGUUUAAUGAGUCGUUUUCUCUUUUUCCAAACAAAAUAAUUUAUCCUAUUCUUUGUGUGUAUACAUGUAGCAUAAGCUAAUGAGCUGAUGAUUAGUCAGUGGAUAUGUGGCGUCCGUCACAAAUCUUCAAUAUUAGACACUCGAUGAACAAGUUACCAAGAGCUGCCUUGUUGUCAGUCGUUUACAUUGUUGCAGAGCGAUAGAACACUACAGACAUUAAGCGAUAAUGCUGUUGUAGAUCCUUUAUAUGUGUAUCGUAAGAUGUUUACAAGAUUAUUACCCCAACACUACUCAGAGAUGAUGAUCCUACACUUUAAAUGUGAUUUUAUUUAAAGGUUUGUUAAUGAACUACGGUUUAUUUGAUGUACUUGUAUUCCUACACGAGUCAGCACGAACAAGGCACGUGCUGAUUAUGGCUCAUAUGAUGUUUUAAUAUGAACACGAUAUUAAACGAUCAAAAUGUCACUUCCCUUGCAUUCCAUUCCCGAGGCAGCUGCCUGAGCAGGCGACAUUUUUCAGGGAGACGUUUGCACUCCUGAAGUAACGUCUCUCAUUCAGACUUUCUGAUUUAAUAAAAUUAUCAUGACGUCGGCUACCAUGAUAAAACGUAAGAAAAUAUUGUGAUGUGAAAAUUGAAUAUCAGCACCUGCCACCUAUGUGAACAAAGAUCAAAACUUGUGAUCAGACUAUAUCGCUGUGACCUGAACAAAUAGUGAAAAAAAGACCCAAGUAGUAUGUUUAGAAUAGUAUCUAUUUUUUAUAGAAGUAUGGUGUUGAUUGACACUAGAUGGAAUAAACAGUGUUGGAGAUAGCAAUGCAACAAAAACAUUUUUAUAAAUUGUUGGUACAGUGCUGGUAUUGCAUGUUUAACAGAACAUUGCUUCAAAUGUGUGUCACUUAAACAUGAUUUUAUGCGUAGUUAGUGUGCGACUCUGAAUAUAUAAUAACUUUUUUUGUAGCAGUAGUACUAAUCACUCAAGUUAAAGGAUUGGUAUUUAGAUAUCUCUAAAUGCACACAGAAUGAAUUUAUAUCCAUUUAUUAUGAUCUGUUUUUUUUCCUUUCUUUUUAAAAAAAAUAGAUUUAUGUGCAUGUAUCUUAGAACCUUAUGUUCUGUUACAUUCUAUCCCUUUGCAUAAUACUUUAAAAUGGAUGGGCCUGUAAUAAAAAAUAUAUACUUUGUUGUAA